AUGCGAUCGCCAGGCAAAGAGGGCGAUUGCCUUUCUUUUCCUCCAAAGUCUUUUCGAAGCAGAGCAAACAACCACUGGGUGCUUGAGAGUGCCUGCUGCUUUGGCAGUCUAGGCGCAUUGCUUGCAAUCGUCGGUGUAUUGCAAGUAUAUGAUAGAAAGUCUAUGCCAGAGUGGCCAUUAGGCAUCACUAUGAACUCUGCGUUAUCGUGGCUUUCGCAGAUCUUAACAGCCCUUGCGCUGAGCGCAAUAGCCAGCUGCUUAAACCAAUCUAAAUGGGUUUAUUUUAGUCAAGCGCACCGAUCGCUCGCAGAUAUGAAUGCGUACGAUUCGGCGAGUCGGGGGGUUCCUGGGUGUAUCAUGUUUCUUUGGAGCUUCACACGCAUCAAGCUGAUAUUGCGGUUGUCUAGACACUAUGCCACGCUUGGCGUUGUCGUCACAAUUAUCGCAGUCGGCAUCGGACCUUUCGUGCAGCAGAUGGCGACAAUUGAGAAUAACUUGGUGCCUUCGGAUGCCUCUGCAUCCACCGAUCGCGCGCAAUCAUUGUUUUUCCCAAUCGACAUUAGGUCCGUUAUACCACCGAGUGGCAUGUUAGCAGCAAUGUUCGGGGCCGUCUUCGCUAGUUCGGAAGCGAAUCUUUCGACGAAUGACGCUCAGAAAUCUUACCCUGCCGUCAAUCCUUUAUGUCCGACCGGAGAAUGUUCUAUCUCGCGAUUUACGACGCUCAGCCUCUGCUCUGAGUGCGUAGACAUCUCUCACUUGCUAGCACUUAAUUCAUCUAGAUGUGGGGGAGACGGGUUACCUAUUGACUACUUUCGCCUCCCGAAUGGCUUCAAUGCUAGCAUUGAGCCAUCUCGCACAUUGCAUCGCCACGGUAGCAUCAAUCAGAAACUACUGAAAACAGAUAUGAGCUCCGGCUCCAACAGCAUGCGGUCAAUAGCUGGACUAAAGGAUUAUGGCAACAGCACACUACUGGACUUUACGUCCCUUACCUUUUCCUUAGGAGGAAAUACCACUAAAGGGACUGCGGUGCAAUGCAGUCUACACUGGUGUAUCAAAACUCUCUCGUCUGUUACAAAGGAACACCGAACCGAAGAAGAAACACUUAGUACAUCAGUCACCCCGAGCGCCACCUCCACGGAGUCGGGAUAUUUAAAGCUUGGAUCAGGAAAUACCUCAACGCCAGAUUUUAUAAUCAGCCGAGGUUCUCACGACAACAUAAGAGAAUGGCUAAGGAAAAAGUUACAAAUGGAUGGUGUCGGUACAACUAUCUGCAUCGGGACUGGUUUUAAAUUUGAGUCAACAUCAACGUCGAUAGAGAGUGAACUCUUCCAGCCUUUGAUGGAAUCAUCACCGCAGACCCUGUUUUCCAAUAUCGCAGCAGGAAUUAGCACUUUCAUUCGCCAAUCGGGUAGAGCUAGUCAACGAGAAUUUGCAUCAUGGGGUCAACUGGACGGUGUCCCUCAGGACGAGGCUCUAGGCACUGCGGAUGGGCUUUCGUGGCAGAAUGAGACGCAGAUUAGGGUACGUUGGCAGUGGAUUACACUGCCGGUCUGUCUUGUAUUUGCGACUGUUGCAUUCCUGGUGGUGACCGCACUCCAGACGAAGAAGAGCGGAGUGGACGUAUGGAAGUCUUCAAAUAUUCCAAUGUUUUGUUCGGGCCUAGAUCAAGUUUUCCAAGAGAAGCUUCGUGAGACGCGGGAUCCCGUUCGAAUGGAUGAUUUGAGUGAAGAGGUGUUGGCGAAACUUGUGAAAGAUGGAAAGAUGUGGCAACUGAGUGCGCAAUUGAACUAG